AUGACACAAAUCCUCCAUGUCUCGCCCGUUGGGUGGGCGCAUAUGAAAAAUGAAUGGUGGCAGUUCGUUUUGAUUGGCAUUAUAUUGGGUAGCAUUUCACUUGGUUUUGUAUACCUUGUAUAUUCUUCAAUAUUAAGAUGUAUAAUAUAUUUCGAGUCGCGGCAACAUCCAGAAAAGGUGCCAGCUGCUGCAUCUGCACGGAUUAAUGAGCUGUCGCGGAGACAGCUUACGCUGGUAAACACUCAGUCAACAUGGCAGAAGCCGUCAUCCGUCGGCGUCUACCUGGGCCAGUUCGACGAGUUUCUGAGUGAAAGCCAAAUGCGCUUCCUGCGCGAAUGGGAUAUGUUAAUCGUGGAUCCCUAUAAACCAGGGGUAGUCCAAGCCGUCGCAUCUGCUGCAGGGAAGCAGAUUCUAGGCCGACUUGACUUCCAAGAUAUAAGCCCUAAACAGGACAUGACCAUUGCGACGAUCGACAGAAUUGAAAAGGCGCUGAGCGAGGUCUUUGAGGGCUCCGCAUUUACCGGGAUCCUGUUCGCCAACUGGGAGGGAAAGCUUGCUUCUGGAUGCUGGGCUAGUGUACUAGAAGCAGUCCAACGGUCCGGUCUGUCGAUAUACCUGGAGACAGCACCGCCAAACUUCCUACCGGACCGGAAUGUGCUGCAGAACCAGGCCAUCUCGGGACUUGUGGUUAGGAAUGCAAGUAUCCUGCCUAGCGGCCAGAAGCGGGAUUACUUCCAACUCGAGAAAAUGAAAGCCACGAUCAAGGCAUUCGUGUCCGAAGCGUGCAUGCGAAACUUUGUCGUGGUGGCGUGGGAAACUAUCGACGACGACGCCGCUCUCUCGAACGCAGUGGUUCGAAGGUCUCUGCAAUGGUGCAACUUCUACAGCGCCAUCCCCUGGAUAGGACGCAAGGCUGCUUUGGAGAAUGCCAGUCUGAACACUAAGUUACCAGAGCCUCUUUCGUCCUUUGGAUGGCUGAAGGAGCCCGAGAUCAUGAGCGCGCACGAGACAUGGAGAUCCAACUCUUCUAUCAAUAAUGAAGCCAGUGACUCCAGCGAAGGAUGGGCCAAAUUAACGCCGUUCUUCCCAGCUCUGCGCGAGCUCUUUGCAUCCAUGGAACAACACGAGCACACACACGAGGGUCUAACAACGGCAGUGCGUGAUCCGCCAGAAUGGGUUUCCCAAACAAUGUCUCAGAGUAACCCGCUGUCCACCUCCAUCGGAGGAGUAGAGUACAAGGCCUUUGGCUGUUUCCCGCUAGGCGCAGAAGCCACUGCCAGCUCGUUUGCCGAAAUCCUCAGAUCGCAGCAGCGGCUGAGGUCUCUUGGGCUGCUUCAUCCAAUUCCCGUGUCCAAAGUCAAUAGUCUAGGCGUGCUGCUGCGGCAGUUUCACGAUGGCUUUGCACUGUCGAAUUGGGGUUCAUCUGACCAACUUACUGCCCAUGUGAAGGAGCUCUAUACGCUGGCUUGUAAUGACCAGCUCCGCGUGCAUCUUGGGCUGGAUUCUGGAUUCCGCAGGAACACGGAUAUACGGUUCUGGUCGGUGUAUCAGAUGGAUGCAGAUGGGGCUGAUAUCUUCAUUUCUAAGAACGUGCAGGGUCUGGCAGGGACUAUUCUCCAUACGUUUCUGUCUGCCAAAGGCUGUCCUCGACAUGUUUGCUUUGGAGCAGAAGUUGCUCUGGCCAAGUUCUCAAAGGACAUUGUGGACGAGAUUGGCUUGCCUCGUCGUUUGGUGCAGGAUAUCGACGUGCUGAGCCCUGAGGAGAAACUUCUACUAUUGCAGCACAUGUCAUUGACAGACGCCACGAGUGAUCUAACCAAAGCUAUCUGUGCAUAUGUCCAGAAGCAGCUUGUAGAAGAGACAUCCUUACAGCAAUUAAAACAGGUCAACACGGUCUCUUAUCUGGAAGGCUCCGCGUCUCCUGACACGCUGGUGACCUCUCGCAUCAAGUGGUACCGUGAGCAAGGAUGCACCUAUCCCUCCAUCUCAAAAUGUCUCGCGCUUUUCCGUGAAGUCGACUCCGUCUUCCCUCAAAUACUAAAAGAGCGCCGCGAAGCAGACCUUGCCCAGAUCUCCCAAGGCUUUUGUCAGUUGAUGGAAGGACAAGUCGACGCCUACACCGAUACCAUGGCCCUUGCAUUAUUCUGCGCUGCUCGAAAAGGCGCCCUGGACGAGAUCUACGAGGAGGUGACGGACCGGAAUCCUCUGUUCAACGCUCACUCCGAUCAAGCUGCUGCCUUUGCGGAAUCCUUUGCCCUUGGUUCGCGCUGUGAAGCCUACUUCGACAUCUCACCCAGUGCGUUUGGAAAGCUGCUAUCGGAUCGUUUCCGCAGGAAUUACUCUGAUAAAGACCUUCCGGACUGGAUUAAUGGUGCCCCUGAGAUGGCGACAUCGUAUGCUGGUGCACAGAUCGAUGUCAACCCCGACGAUAAAGUCAAGCCGAUGCGUGGGUACCAGCGAUUCACGUUCCUCAGCGUCUUUGCCCUCCCGGCGUUGAUCGAUAUCAUUCUUCUUACCAUUAUUGGGCGUGGCCUGUAUCUGUCUGCCUUUAUGACAUAUGAAGAGCAAACCAGCGCCACCACUGCCUUGAUGAUCUCGCUGCUGUUGUCUGGAGGUAUCGGGACCUGGAUUGCGUGCGGUGGUCCCUACUACCUGAUUUCGAUGGCGUUCGCCGCGACAAACAUGUUCAUCCUCAUAAGACUCAUUGCCGGAUUGGCAUUCACUAUCGCCGGUGGACUGAUCGGAUUUGUCGCGGUAUCUGGCGUGAACGGCCCGCGAGCUGGGAUCGUCUUCUACCUGUAUCUCGUCGCCCUCACGACCUACUUCUCCGGCUUCGCGUGUCUCGCCAGUUUCAGCUACCCAGGGUCAUCCUUCUUGUCUGGCCGCAAGAUCAUCUUCGCCUGUAUCCCGAUCCUGUUCAUCUCGCCAAUCGUCACAACAUUCACCGGCCACGACUCCGCUAUAUACAUCGCCGUCAUCUACGUCUUCAUCGGCGCUCUAAUCCUGGGUCUUCGAAGCGUCGCUGCAAAAUGGGUAACCUGGUACCAGAACCUGCGGAGAACCGACGACACCGAAAUCCGGAAGUGGUACAUCGAGACCCACGCCGACGGCGACGAGAAGGUAUUCGGAAAUCUGAGCGACCCGGCCGUGCUGAAGCUAUCCAGGGAAGCGCUUAUCAAGGACGUCUCUGCAGAGCUGAACCGCUGGUUUUUCUCGCGACAUACCACGAAAAAUACACUUGUUCUUGAACUCGCGAGGGACUGGGAUGCGACGAAUUUCCUCUUGGAUUGGUACUGUCGGUACGCUGAUGUGCCUAGGCCGAUUCCCUUUAGUUCUGGGUGGAAUACACAGACGAAGGUCGCGCUGGAGUCGCUCCGCAGUGCCCAACGGGGCAUUCGGCUGCAUAAUGCGUUUAUCCACUGGCGGCAGUCCAGCAGGGAAAUCGGCUGCGGGGUGGUGUACUUUGUUAUUGCGCUUCUGGAUAAGUGGGUGGAGCUUCUCAGCGGUGGCCAUCUGAUCGGUCUGUCGGCGUCGUUGACGUCGGCGUAUCGCAUGGCUGUUGGGUUCGCACUGGCGUACUACCUGAUCGGGGCUGUCUUGAUUGAUACGAAGGCCCAGGAGCUUCAUAGCCUUGUUGGAAGCCAUAAGCCGCAGGCGUUGAAGACGGCUAAGGAUAUCCGGGACUCGCAGAAGCGAGAUGUCCGGUUCAAGAGGAAGGUCUACUGGAAGACACUGGGCAAGUUUCUCAUGUGGCACUCUUGGGGCCUCGCCUUCUCUGCAGCCCUUGUCUGGACAUUCCAGUCUCGACUCGAGGCUAUGAUUAUGUUCCUUGCCUACGUCGGGGCAUACACCGGCCUGCUGUGGUAUCAGUACACGAAGAUCUUCACGGGCCCGCAUGCAUUGAAGCCGUUGAUGAUUGGAUCUCUCGUCGGGCUGCCUAUCGGGAUUGCGCUGAAGGUCUGCCUUCCGCACUUCCUGUACUCGCAGGUUAUCGGCCUAGGAGCGGCCACAUGGACUGUGGCGUUCCUCUCCAUAAUACCGGCGAAGAUGGGCAUGCCCAAGCGUGUCGACUCGCCUGUAGAGCUGGGGAAGACGUUCCAUGCGUACACCGCGCCUUGGGAAGACCCUGACUGGAGCCAGCAGGAGCUGCAAACUUUCUACGAGAGCAUCUCCCUCACUCCCCCGGACGCCCGUCUCAAGCUCAACCCAGCUGGUCAUCCAGGGACUGAAGUCAAGCAGAUGCUCCUCUCGCGAAGACGGGAGCCCAGAGUCGAAGAAGCGUUUCCGCACUCACAGGAGCUUGUUGAAACUGCACUGAAAGCGUGGGAAUCCGGAGAAGUCCUGAUCGAGCUCGUCCCUCUCGGCUCGAUUGGCCCUGGUAUUCACGCCCUGAGUUGCAGCGCCAAAGACCAUUUGAAGCUUGCCGUCGCCGUGGGGAGAGGUCUGAACCAUCGAAUCGACGUCAGCGCCAACUGCCAGGUCAUUGCAGAGACCCUCCUCCACGCCGUCGCGGAAUCUGUCAUGCAAAUCCCGCACGAGCACGCAGUCCUGGCCGAAUCGCUUGUGUCUGCAGGCGUGACGGAGACCACAGCGCGCCAGCUCCGAGACGAAGCCGACACGCCGCUUGUCGUCCGCUGGGCCAAGAGAGAACUCCUCAGACAGCUGUGUCUUGGAUUCGAAUGCGAUUUCCACUGGGAGACGCUGCCCAAGGCUGUAAGGAAAGCACUCGUCAGCCGCUGUCUCGGCGAGCCGUGUCGGUUAGCCGAGAAACAUUACCAGUUGCUCGAGGAGAGUAUCUGCCAGUUUGAUAUCAAGGACUUGGCGGUUCAUAUUGCGCGAAGCAACCUCGCAGCUGCGGCGGCUGUCAGUAUUCUGGACUAUGCGAGAUAUGGCACUGGUGAGGCGGGUGCUUUCAAGGACUCCGAGACACCCCCCUAUAUCCCAUACCUGCCGAAGCAGCUUCCGACGAUUGCGUACUUUAUUAUGAAGCCGCUGUUCUCGGUUUACUACAUUAUCGGCUCGGCGCUGAAAUUCGUCGUUGUUGCUAUGGUUGCGGAUCCGGAGUUCCAGAGGGAGUAUAACCAUGUCAUGAGCCACUAUCCCACUGUACUCCGCGUGCCGGCGACGUUUGCAUUGAGCAUUGUUUGGAGGUAUGGCAAGGCAAUGCAGGAUAUGGGCCUUUCGUUCUUCCUCUUCCACGGCCGGGACAAUGUCAAGCAGCUCUGGAACGAGACGAAGGGCAUGACCAUCAACAUCAAGAAGAGCAGGUACAUCGUUCAAAGUCUUGAUGGGACAUUCACGGCCUUCCGGCAUGAUCAGCCAAAUGGGGGCUUCAAGGUCUUCUAUUAUGCCGGUACCCCCAAGACAGAGCCCCAGGGGACAAAGAGCCUCAGCUGCGUCAGUGCGUAUUCCAAGGAUCUCCUGCUUCUUAUCCGCCAGGAGUACAAGGGCGGCAACGUUAUAAACGAAUACCACUAUGACUACCGGUCUUCACCUAAGAAGAGUCUCACGUUGAAGCUGUCCGAGUCGAAGAUCCCCAUGGGCCGACGAUGCGUCCGCGGAGAGAACCACCUUCAAAGCGUGCAGUACAACCGAAAAGGCCUGAUUGAAGCCGGAUCAUAUAUGAAAGACGGCAACCUCAUCCGCUUUAAAUAUCACUACCGCAAGAACCCCCAAUUCGGUGAUGAACUUCUCCGCGCCGAGUUUGCUCUAUCACAUAUCACCUGUACUGUAUCCUGGUGCGCGCCUCCCCUCCGGCACCCCGAGAAAGUCGAGCGCUGGAUCCCUCACGCAAAGGUCACCGAGGCGACAUUUGUCCAGGGUCCAGACGUCUACGAGGCUCGCUGGCUAUACGACCACAAGUUCCACCCGACCAUCUUCACCACGCUUAACGGGCAGAAGAUCCAGACGCCGCCGAUGAUCGAGCAUGAUUUCCUCGAAGUACUCGCGAAGCCGCGAUUCACUAGCUUCGUGCACGAUAACCCCCUGUUCUACUGCGAGAGUCUCAGCUCCAACAUCCUCACCCGGCUGUUCGGACUGACGAGGAAGCGCUUCCCCGUCUCGACAUCGCGUGCUCGCUCCCUCAUCUGGAAGGCCUGGAAGGAUCGCCCGGACUUUGACGGUAUCAUUGUCCGCUGGAUGGACGAGCGGUUGCUACGAAGAGACAGGACACUAUCACCGUACUGGCGCAGCCGUGACUGGGGCGAUCUCGCAUCCGCGAAGAAAUACCUAGAGCUACGCGCCGAUACCAUCUCAGCCAGCGCGGAUCUCGAUGACGGAAUAUCCAGCUGGACCCCGCUGGCCGUGAAAGUCAGCGACUUGUUCAAUUUUGGGCCCGGGGGUGAUGCUGUUGUCAACACACGGUCUAAGGACUUUGGGUCUGAUACGGAGAAGUCGCUGCAUGUUAUGGCUGCGGAUACGGGGACGUGGCCGAACGAGGGAGGUGGUGUGUCUGCGUGUCGGAGGGACAUGAUCAAUUCGCUAAGGACGAUUAAGUGGCACAUGAUAUGCGAGUCGGCGAAUGACUUUGGGGUGCCCAAGCAUCAGACGGAGCAGAAUAUCCUCUCGCUCAAGGUGAUUCCGCUGUGGGGGAUGGACUUUCUCACGCCAACCCACGGGCUGUUCAGGAAUAAAUUGGACUCGGAGGUGGAGAAUGUCACGUCUGCUAAUGACAUGGACAUCAAGAUGAACUUUAUUCCUAUUUUGACGGCGCUGGUCAAGGGAGCUCGUGCCGUGCAUCUCUCCAGAGCAGAUAUCCGCCAGGCAACUAGGGCUUUGGUCAACCUGAACACUUUCUUCCAGGAUUCGCGACACUGGACACAGAUCUGGAACAGCAGCAUCGUCAAGGAAAGCUGGAGAGAGCUGUGGCUUACCCAGGAAAUGCCAAACACCAUGCCAUCUUCCGAGUGGUUCAGCACUGACCUGCCUACCCUGGGUACUCUUGACGUCGCGCUGGAGCUUUGGUUCCGCUAUCUGUUCAUCUUCUCGAUUCCGAUCCCUGAGAAGAUCCCCAGCGUGUUUCAGGCAUCGCAUCACAGUGUCAGUGCUUCCUACGGUGUUGUCUGCAAGAUGAAGAGGAACUGCACCCUGCAGAUCUGGGACCACGCCAUUAGCUGGCGAGAGACAAACCUCUGCCUCUCGUCUGCUCUUUGCAAGCUCUCUCCCUUUGUUCGCAAUGCUCUCCUUGGACUUAUGCGAGUCACGUCCGCGCUCACUCUGUACCAUGCCGAUAUCAUCUCGCCGUGCGCCGACUUCUUCAACCCAGGAUGGGAAAUCGAGAUUGGGACGUGCCAGGGAACAAUCGAGCACCGCAAUGUCUUCCGUCGCAAGGUCGACCCGGUUGUCAAUGGUAUCACUGAUAUGCAGAAGUUUGCCCCGGUGAAGGAGAUCAAAUCGGACCGGCCUACAGUAACGAUGUUGUCGCACGUCUGGUACGCCAAAGACAUCAAGACUGCGCUUCUCGCUGCCGACAUCAUCAUCAACCAGUGGAAGUUCGACGACUACCACCUCGACAUCUACGGCGCAAUCGACAAGGCGCCUACAUACUCGACCGAGUGCCAGGAGAUCAUCGCCUCCAAGGGUCUCCGAGGAAGAGUGACUCUCCGCGGCACAGCCGAUCCGAUGAAGGUUCUGGAGAGCACCUGGCUGUUCCUCAACUCGUCUCUCUCCGAGGGUCUCCCCCUGGCUCUGGGAGAGGCAGCCCUAACUGGCGCCCCGGUCGUCUGCACCGACGUGGGCGCCUCUCUACGAGUCCUCAGCGACCCCGACGACUUCUCCCGCUUCAGCGCCGUCGUCGCCCCCAAUGACGCCGUUGCCCUAGCCAGAGCGCAAAUCUCCAUGCUCGCCCUCCUCGGCGAAUGGAGCCAGUACGCAGACGACACCACACCUGCACCAGUCCUUCCCUCGUCCCCGACCCCCGAGGACGUCGCCAGAAUCACCCAGCGCAUGUACGACAAGUCCGACCACCGCCGCAAACUGGGCAUGAUGACGCGCAAGAUCGUGCAAAAGUCCUUCAGCGGUGACCGCUACCUCCGCGAGCACGAGCAGAUGCUCUGGAUCGGCAAGUCGGCCAAGAUGAUGUCCUCGCGUCUCCCGGGAAUCCACAACGAGCCUGCAGACAUCGCAACUGCCAUCCAGCAGGCCCUCCCCAUAGAAGAGGAAGUCAUCACCAUCCCCCGCAGCGCCGUGCACUCGUGGCGCUCUUCUGCCGCUUCUGGUAUGUCAACCCUGUAUAGCAGCUCCGUUUCCACCCCCUUCCCAAACACCACCGCCACCAAUGCCAAUACAAAUAUCAAUACCAACCGACCAACCCACCUCCGCAACAACAGCACCAACACAACAACAAACGCACGCCCCUCCUCCCUCUACUCCAGCUUCUCCAACGCCUCAACAGACGCCUCCUCCUUCCUCCCCCUCCCAAACUCCCCCCUCCCCGUCUUCGCCCCCCGCCACUCCCUCCAAGGCCCUCCUGCUUCCCAAACCCCCAAUUCUACUUCCAAUACCACCUCCCGACCCACGGACCGCCGCUCAUACUUUGGCGGAGGCCGUCUAUCUCCCCGGUUUACGCGCGCCAGUGCCAGUGCAGCAGGACGCCGGUCUCGCUCGGCUAGUCUUUCCACGGGAGGACGGGAGCAGCUCCGCGGGCUACAGCGUGAGGAUUUGCAGCAGUAUCGCAAUUCCGACGUUAGCACCAUCAUGAGGGAGGAAUUUUUCCAGUCGAGUGUUUUUCGGGGGUUGGAGGGACAUGGGAAUGCGAAUGUGAAUAAUACUUCUAUUUAA